AUGACAGCCAAUUUGGCCCAGUGUCAGAAGCUGGUGCGCAAAGCUGUGGCAGCUGGUGCUAAAGCGUUGUUUCUUCCAGAGGCAUCAGAUUACAUUGCAUCUUCUUCAGGCGAGAGCAUAGCACUUGUGCGAUCCGUACGAGACAGUAUAUUCGUGCAAGGUCUUCAAAAGGAAGCCCAAGAGGCGAACAUACACAUCAAUGUUGGCAUCCAUGAACCCGCGUCCAAUGGCAAAGUCAAGAACACCCUGAUAUGGAUUGACAACAAGGGUGUGAUAACCCAACGCUAUCAAAAGAUCCAUCUAUUUGAUGUCGAGAUCAAAGAUGGCCCAAUUCUCAAAGAAAGCGCGAGCGUCGAAAAGGGCACGGAUAUUCUACCGCCAUUCGAAACCCCUCUUGGACGUGUCGGUCUAGCGAUUUGUUUCGAUCUACGUUUCCCCGAAAUCAGCCUGGCUCUGAAGCGUCAGAAUGCUCAGAUCAUCACAUAUCCAUCUGCGUUCACAGUACCAACAGGACUAGCCCAUUGGGAGACCUUGAUCCGGGCAAGAGCCAUCGAGACACAGUCAUAUGUGGUGGCUGCGGCACAGGCUGGUCCGCACAAUGAUAAACGAAGAAGCUAUGGCCACUCAAUGAUUGUCAACCCUUGGGGAGAGGUUGUUGCCAAGCUUGGACAGGAGUACCAUGAACCGCAGAUUGCGGUAGCAGAGGUCGACCUGGACCUUCUAGAGAAAGUCAGGAGAGAAAUGCCCUUGUUGAGGAGGACAGACAUUUAUCCAGAAGUAUGA